CCUUCAUUCGAACGGAGUCGGGCGGAGAGAGAAGUCCGCGCGCCCGCUAAUGACCUCACGGGCAAUUUAAGGAGUAAACAGGACGAUUUGGGGAAAACGGGACUUCAAACUUGUGGAUUUUUUUUUCUCCACCCCGCUCACACUGGAUAUUUGUCCUUGCUGUAUUCAUGUUUCUCUCAUCGUUAAAUUAGCCUCUGUGAGAUCUUUAUCCUGCAACCUUCUCUUUUUCCCCCGUCAGCUAGCAUAAAACCACACCUGGCUCAGGUCUCUAGUAUGCACAUAUGUUAGCUAAGCUCGUUUGUUUCAGCUCGGUGGUUUAAAGACACGUGAAAACAAUGUGAUUCAUUCUCCAUCGGAUGAGGUAACCCAGCCGUUGCCAUCUCAAACAUCUGUGUGGUGUCGAGAAGAUUCUGGAUUAACCUUUUUUUUUUUUUUAAUCUUCUUUUUCAACAUCCUCCAGAAACGUCGGACCCGCUUUUUAAAUUUUUUUUUUUUUUUUCGAGUGGGUCCAAAAAUGAGCGUCGCUUUAAUCGAAUCAACUACGUGAGCGGAUUCAAAAGCAAAACACGCGUCUUUCUCCGCGGGGAGCCGAACACUCUUUAACACGGCGCCGGUGUUUGCCCUGAAAAGCAAAGAUGGAAAGCGAGGUUUUCACCCCUCUGCUGGAGCAGUUCAUGCUCACGCCUCUGGUGUGCUGGGUGAAGACAGCCGGCCAGGCCUCCUUGACCGAUGGCUCCCCACUAUCGGAAUACAUUGAAUUAGUGGAUGGGAUUUACCUGAACGAGAUCAUGCUGGAGAUAAAUCCUAAGGCCACUGUGCAGAGGACCAACAAGAAGGUGAACAAUGACCCGACACUGCGCAUCCAGAACCUCUCUAUUCUCAUCAGGCAGGUUAAAGGCUACUACCAGGAGACCCUCCAGCAGCUGGUGAUGAUGCCUUUACCGAACGUUCUCGUACUCGGACGCAACCCUCUGUCUGAGCAAGGUCUGGAGGAGAUGAAAAAACUGUUGCUGCUGCUACUCGGAUGCGCGGUCCAGUGCGAGAAGAAGGAGGAAUACAUUGAGGGCAUCCAGACUCUGGACUUUGACUCCAAAGCUGCCAUAGCAUCCCACAUCCAAGAGGUGACUCAUAAUCAGGAGAACGUAGUGGACCUGCAGUGGCUGGAAAGUGGGGAAAUGCCUGCCGAGGACCUGGACAGCCUCUCCAGAAACCUGGCUUUCCACCUCAAGCGCCUGGUGGACGACAGGGACACGCAGCUGGAGACGAUAGUGGAGUUGACUCAGGAGAGAGACUGUGUGCAGCUGUCCCCACUGGCUCCCUGUUCCACCCAGUCUCCCGGAGACUCCCCCAGUAUGAGGAGGACCGAAAGCCGCCAGCACCUCUCCGUGGAGUUGGCCGAUGCCAAGGCCAAGAUCCGACGCCUUCGACAGGAACUAGAGGAGAAGAGCGAGCAGCUUUUGGACACCCGGCAGGAGCUGGAGAACAUGGAAGUGGAGCUCAGGAGGCUUCAGCAAGAGAGCUACCAGUUGGUGUCGGACGCUCGAUCGGCGCGGGCCUACCGCGACGAGCUGGACGCGCUCCGAGAGAAAGCGAUCCGCGUGGACAAACUGGAGAGCGAGCUGAGCCGAUACAAGGAGAGACUCCACGACAUCGAGUUCUACAAGGCCCGGGUCGAGGAGCUGAAAGAGGACAACCAGGUCCUGUUGGAGACCAAGAGCAUGUUGGAGGAGCAGCUGGAUGCGACCCGGACCCGCUCCGACAAACUGCACCUUCUGGAGAAAGAGAGUCUCCAGCUCAAAUCCAAGAUCCACGACCUGGAGAUGGAGCGGGACAUGGACCGUAAACGUAUGGAGGAGAUCUUGGAGGAGAACCUUGUGCUUGAGAUGGCCCAGAAACAGAGCAUGGACGAGUCCCUGCACCUGGGCUGGGAACUGGAGCAACUGGCCAAGACACCAGAACUGACCGAAGCCCCUCAGAAGUCGUUGGGCGAGGAGGUGAAUGAGCUGACCUCCAGCCGUCUGUUGAAGCUGGAGAAGGACAACCAGACCCUGAUGAAGACUGUGGAGGAGCUCAGAGGAGCAGCCAGUCAUGACACUGUGACCAAACUAUCAAAAGUCAACCUGGAAAACCAGAGACUGAACCAGAAAUUGGAGCAGUUGGGGAGCGAACUGACAGCAGACAGAGAGUCGCUCCUGAGCGCCGAAUCACUCAGUACUGACCUGAUGAAGGAGAAGGCUCUACUGGAGAAGACUCUGGAAACACUCCGAGAAAACUCAGAAAGACAGCUGAAGGGACUGGAGCAGGAGAACAAGCACCUGAGCCAGACAGUGUCGUCUCUGCGCCAGCGCUGCCAGGUCGGAGCUGAGGCCCGGGUCAAGGACGUGGAGAAAGAGAAUCGCGUUCUCCACGAGUCCAUCUGCGAGACAACCGCCAAACUCAAUAAGAUCGAGUUUGAGAGGAAACAGCUUCGCAAGGAGCUUGAAGUGGUGAAGGAGAAAGGCGAGCGGGCUGAAGAGUUGGAGGUCCAGAAUCAGAAGCUGGAAAGGGUCAACGAGAGCCUGCAGAAGAAAGUAUCCAGUCUAGGAAUCACCUGUGAAAAGGUGUCUUCUUUGGAGAAGGAGAACUCCGAUCUGGAGGCAGAAGGCCGCCGUCUGAAGAAGAAGCUGGACACUCUGAAGAACAUGACCUUCCAGUUGGAGGCUCUGGAGAAGGAGAACUCCCAGCUGGAGAAGGAAAACCUGGAACUCCGGCGCUUGGCCGAGAGCCUCCGGUCGGCGGGCGCUAAGGCCGCUCAACUGGAGGCCGAGAACAGGGAGCUGGAGAGCGAGAGGAGCCAUUUGAAGCGCAGCAUGGAACUGCUCAAAGCCUCGUCCAAAAAGACGGAGAGAUUAGAGGUGAGUUACCAGGGCCUAGAUACAGAGAACCAGCGCCUGCAGAAGGCGUUAGAGAACAACAGCAAAAAGAUUCAACAGUUGGAGGAAGAGCUGCAAGAGGUGGAAACUGAGAACCAAAGCCUCCAACGCAACCUGGAAGAGCUCAAGAUCUCCAGUAAACGCCUGGAGCAGCUGGAACAAGAGAACAAGAUUCUUGAGCAGGAAAGCUCCCAGCUAGAGAAAGACAAGAAGCUCCUGGAGAAGGAGAACAAGCGGCUGAGGCAGCAGGCCGAGAUCCGCGACUCCAAGCUGGAUGACGACAACCAGCGGAUCUCCUGCUUGGAGAAAGAGAAUCGGACCAUGGGCAAAGAGAUGAUCUUCUUCAGGGACUCCUGCACAAGAGUCAAGGACCUGGAGAGAGAGAACAAGGAGCUGGUCAAACUGGGCACCAUUGAUAAGAAGACGCUCAGCACACUCAGAGAGGAGCUUGUGAGUGAGAAGCUGCGGACCCAGCAGUUGAAUAACGAUCUGGACAAACUGACCCACGAGUUGGAGAAGAUUGGACUGAACAAAGAGAGGCUGCUGCACGACGAGAGCUCUGACGACAGGUUCAAGCUCCUGGAGACCAAACUGGAGUCGACUCUGAAAUCGUCUUUGGAGAUUAAAGAGGAGAAGAUCGCCGCCCUGGAGGCCCGACUGCAGGAGUCCUCUAACCUCAACCAGCAACUGCGCCAGGAGCUCAAGACGGUGAAGAAAAACUACGAAGCGCUGCGCCAAAGGGAGGAGGAGGAGAGGAUGGUGCUGAGCUCGCCCCCUAGAGGUUCGGAUGACCCUCAGGCUGUCAGUAAAUGGGAGAACGAGAGUCAUGAAGCCACCAGAGAACUGCUGAAAGUCAAAGACAGACUCAUCGAGGUGGAGAGGAAUAAUGCCACGCUGCAAGCUGAGAAGGCGGCCCUGAGGAGUCAGCUCAAACAACUGGAAACUCAAAGCGCCAACCUGCAGGCUCAGAUUGUGGCCGUGCAGAGACAGACGGCCUCUCUGCAGGAGAACAACACGUCUCUUCAAACGCAGAACGCCAAGCUGCAGGUGGAGAACUCCACCGUGAGCUCAAAGAGCGCGGCCCUCAUGGCCCAGAACGCCCAGCUGCAGAGCCAGCAGAGCAGCGUGGAGGGUGAGCGCGAGGGAGCGCUGAAGGACAAAGAGGAGCUGAGGUCCACCUACGAGCUGCUCCUGCGCGAUCACGAGAAGCUGGCGGCGCUCCACGAGAGGCAGGCGGUCGAGUAUGAAGCCCUGAUCGGAAAGCACGGGGGCCUGAAGACCUCCCACAAGGGCCUGGAGCAGCAGCACAGGGACCUGGAGGACAAGUACAAGCAGCUCACGCAGAGGAAGGGAGAACUGGAGGAUCUGGAGAAACAUCUGAAGGAGCAGCAGGAAAAGAUGGCGCUAGAGAAUCAAACACACCGAGCCACAGCUGAUCAGUACCAACUGCUCAAAGAAGAUCAUGAUCGGCUGAAUAAUACCUAUCGUCAGCUGGUGAAAGACAACGACAAUCUCCAACUGGACCAUAAGAAUGUGAAGACUCAGCUGAACGGCGCCAAGCUGGACCAGACCAAGCUGGAGGCUGAAUUCUCUAAACUGAAGGAGCAGUACCAGCAGCUGGACAUCACCUCAACCAAGCUCACCAAUCAGUGCGAGUUGUUGAGCCAGCUCAAAGGAAACCUAGAGGAGGAGAAUCGCCACCUUUUGGACCAGAUCCAGACUCUGAUGCUGCAGAAUCGCACUCUGUUGGAGCAGACCAUGGAGAGCAAGGACCUGUUCCACGUCGAGCAAAGACAAUACAUAGACAAGCUGAAUGAGCUGAGGAGACAGAAGGAGAAGCUGGAGGAGAAGAUCAUGGACCAGUACAAGUUUUACGACCCCUCACCUCCACGCAGGCGUGGCAACUGGAUCACUUUGAAGAUGAGGAAGUUGAUCAAGCCGAAGAGCCGGGAGAGGAUGCGCUCUCUCACGCUGACGCCCUCUCGUUCAGAGUCCGGCGACGGUUUCCUGACGUUCCCCCAGGACAGCCAGGACAGCUCGUCCAUCGGCUCUGGGUCCAACUCGCUGGACGACACGCUGACACAAAAGAAGAGCAGCAGGAGGAGAGGGCAGCAGCCCCCUGCCCAGGUGCAGGGUUCCACCAAUGCUUUAAAAAGGUUGCCUUUCAUGAGGAACAGAUCCAAGGACAAAGACAAGGCCAAGGCCAUCUACCGGCGCUCCAUGUCCAUGAAUGACCUGCUGCAGACCAUGGCGGUGGCGGGCGAUCCCGACGGCCAAUGGGCGAGCAGCAUCGACAACCUGGACGGCGCUGAGGCCGGAGACGCCGUCGUGGCCGCGAGCAGAGGGCGCAGCGGGCGGCGCAUGAAGGAUCUCGCCUUUUCCACCAACGCCAUCGACUGUGCCGCCCUCACCCUGCCCACGCCCGGGCAUCGCAGGGCCAAGCUCCGGCUCCAGGUCAAAGACAACGCCUCCUGUGAAGACGUGACCGGCUCCUUCGACGACCCCAAGAGCCACGCCUGCAGACCCACCAGUCUCCAUAGCAACAGGACCAUCAGUAGUAAUAGUAACAAUAACUCCCACCUCACUUCUCCUCUGGAGGGCAAAGGCGCGUUGAACGGCAGCCUCAGCCGGCCUCACAGCGAGAGCAGCGGAGAGUUCAGCCUGAGCUUGGACCCGGAGGUGUGGUCCAGCAGCGGCAGCAGCCCCGUGCAGCAGCCCACCUCCUCGCGCUCCUCCCACCAGAGCCCCCUGCAGCUGCGCAGGACCCUUGACCCGUCUGCAGCCGCGGGCUGCGCCGGCCCGACCCAGGCGGCGAAAGCGGGAUCCCCGGUGAAGGAGGUGCUGUCCCUGCAGCAGUUCCUGGAUGAGGGCAUCGAUCCUGCAGAGGUGAAAAAACAUUCCCAGAGAAACCUCAGCGCCGACACCCCUUGCCUCUCACUUCUCUCUCUAGCCGAAAGAACACACAAAGACCCUAUGAGUACUGUUCCUUCUGCGAGGCGGGCGGCGCCGGUCGCCUCGGACCGCCUUCCCCGGGCCGCCGGGCAACCGGGUCGCCCCACCCUGCGCAAGGCGGAGAGCACCCGCGUCAGGGGCUCGGUCCCGGCGCGCUCCGGCCUGUCGUCCCAGAGCAAAGCCACGUCGGUGUCGGGGCGCCUGGACCUGGCCUCCUCCACGCUGCCCCGCGCCAGCAGCGUCAUCUCCACCGCCGAGGGCACCACGCGGCGCACCAGCAUCCACGACCUGCUGUCAAAGGACCACCGGCCCCCGGUGUCCGUCGACGCGGCUCCUCCCCCUCCCGCCGCCAAGGCCGGGGUGCGCUCCCAGCCGACAGCCAGUGAGUACCGCGCCGACCUAAAGGGACCCCUUACCGCCGCCACCCCCCUGCCAAAGUCACUCAGCCUGCCCUGCCGUAGCUCGGAGGAUCCAGACCUCUCCACCCUGGAGUCCUUCCUGGGCCCCUCCUUCACCGUGGAGUCCGUCUUCAUGGACUCCAUCUUUAGUGAGUCGCUGGGCAAAAACCACCCCUUCCUGUCUCUGAACCCCACCCUAGUCAGCAACAUCAGCGGGCCUCCCGUUACGAGUAAAACGCACCCCCCUCCUCCUCCCAUCCCCAAUCACACACCCACCCAAAACCAGGACCCUUUCAGCCAAUCAAACGGCCCGGCCGGUCUGAAAGAGUCCAGCGGGGGCGCCGAUCCGAGUUGUGUGAAUAAGGAGGACGAGUCCCUGAGCCCAGAGGACAAGCAGUCUCUGUGGUACGAGUACGGCUGUGUGUGAGUGACAGGCGGGUUCUGGCUCGUUGGUACCAAACUGAAAGGGUGAAAGGAGGAGGAGCUCCUCUGCAUGUAUUUAUUGGGGCACCACCUCCACGUGGUGUAUGUGUGUGGUGCUUUUCUGUUUGUCACUGUGCCGAUUGGUGGAUUCAUUUUUAUUUUUGUUCUUUUUCCUGAGGUGGGACUCUGAUGAAUGUUUCUUUCAUCCGUCGGCCAUGUUUUUUGUUUCCUCAUCAGGUCCGUGUCCCUGGCUAACACUACUAUUAUCUGCAGCUCUCUGGGGCCGCCAUGUGGGACGCGGCUCGUAGCCGCAAUGUCUGGGUUACAAAUCCAAAGCCCGAUUUUUUUUUUUUUCAGUGUCAGAUAAUAGAUCCACUAUCCACUUUGUGUUCAUGAUGUCUUGAUGGUUUCUGGGUCCUUUUUACUGCUUCUUUAACUCUGUUGCAUCACCCACUAAGCUGCAUGUUCUGUCCAACCUGGAACUCUCAUUUUGAUUGUUGUGAUCAAAAUGGUCGUCAUGUUGACCUUCUGUUUGUAUAGAUGUGGUGUGUUUCUGUACAUUUGACACCUUUUGUCUGUAUUAUUAUUAUUGUUAUUAUUAAUGGGACAGUGGGUCUUAACAGACAUCUCGGGCUGGAGACAAAAUGAUGAAGCUUCGUUCCUAAAAUAGUCUGAGGGAAGGUGUAGUUGGUUAAGUGGAAGCUGAAGGUGGAGGAGGACGAGGACGACGUGGUCAAUUACCAUAUUUUAGUCUCGGUCGUCCUUUGGUGGAGUUUAUGAAACAGGAAGUAAGCACAGUUUUCAUUUGUCAGAUUGUUUUGGGAAUGAAGCUAACAUCAUUACUUUUGGUAUCUGGAUAUUUCUUUUUGUUUUUAUUUAAACAGCUGAUAUCUGAUUAUGUUUUCUAGACUGGCGGAAUGUUGUAAUCAUUAAGUUAUAAUCAAAGAGGAGCGCAGCCCGACGUGCCGGUACCCCUCCAUCCUUAUUUAUUUCUGCACUUGCCGGUUUGAAGUGGCUUUAAUGUGUUUGUGUAAAUGCAGCUGUGAGGUGGACGGCGCGUCGCUGUCUACCGAUGUAAUCGUUGCCUUUGUCCUACAGAUGUGGAGGGCAGAAAGUCUAAAAGCAGGAGCGGGGAGCCGCAGCAAAGCUGCUAAACCCCGCCUCCAGCACCCCCCCCCACCCUCCCCCCUCGUCUGUCCGCUUCAAUGCUGCGAGCGCGUGAGAGAACGGUGGCCUUGGAGCUGUCUGAAGCCUCGUAGAGUAACUCUGCUGAGACCGUCUACAGUGAGAAAAGAUUGUAUCUGCCCGUUUGCUUUUUCUUCCCUUCUGUUGGUUCCAAAACCGCCGGGACGCUUCAGUAGAGAAACGUGGCUUCCUUCUGUUUUGUUUUUCUUCCUUGAAUCAAGGAAAACCGAACAAUCCUAGAAAAUGUCCAUGUGGUGUUUAUUUUAGUUGUUGUUGUGUGCUACAAAGACUGAAGCUGUGGCAGAUUGCACCGCGUGUGACAGACUGCUCCAUGUGCGCUGGUCCCCGCGGACCGAAGGUCCACGCAUCAGCCAAAGCGGACCCGCGGCUUCUGUGUGACCAGAAGCUCCAUCGUGGAAAAGUAUUUUUGGCGAACGGGCAGCGUGGACGAAGAAGGCGUCGGCUUUGUGGGGCUCGAAAAAAUAAAACAUUUUCGUAGGGUGUCUGCACCAAACGUUACAGACUCGACACCCUCAUCGGAACAAAUUAGUCCCAAUCUGCAUGGAGCAAUCAACCAAUCCCUCCCGCCUCCCCCUCGACCAAUCAGAGAGGACGGCGGCGAUCAGUGGUGAUUUAGCAAAUGGACUCGGACGUAAAGCCAUGACCGUUGUGUGCGAUCGGCGUCCGUUUCCCGCCAAUCAGGAGUGACGGUUGCGUGAACUGAGAGAGACACUAAUCACGGGAGAGUUCCAGGUCACCUCUGGCUGGCAGCCGUGGCUCAUGCCACAACACACAUGCCACAACACACACACGCACACGCACGCACACACACACUGUUCAUCCUAGCUUAAAUCCUAUAGCAUUGAAUUGAUCAUCUGUCGCUUCUGGCUCUGGAGAGGAGAAUAACUUAGACAGCGCCGUGUGUCUACUUCCUGAGAGUGUAGGUGACCUGUGACCCCCCCUGACCCCACCCACCCACUACGUGCAGAUUUCUGUUGCUGUGUUGAACGCGACAGUGAUGAUGAAACCCUGUUUUCCUCUUUUUCCACUUUUUAAAUGAACCCCAUUUGAUGUAAUUAAAAUUCAUCAAGACUUC